AUGGCGACUGGUGGCUGCUUUUGUGGCAAGAUCCGAGUUCAAUAUAGUGGCCAGCCUAUCAAAACUGCAUUAUGCCACUGUGUUGACUGUCGCAAACUUACUGGAGCUCUUUAUACCUGCAGUUUUGUUGUUAAAACGGUGGACCUGAAGAUCUCUGGAAGCCCAAAGGAAAUAGCAAAAACAUCAGACAGCGGAAAUUAUAUUAAAAACUAUUUCUGUUCGGACUGUGGCACACCACUCUAUGGACGGAAGAUACACUCCUCUGGAGUUCUGGAUCAAGUGACAAUUGUCCGUGCGGGGAUCUUUGAUGAUAUUGAUUUUUUGAAUCAAUACAAGGCAGACGCAGAGAUAUACAAUAGUAGUCGCGUAAGCUGGAUGAGUCCCAUUGAGGGGGCUGAGCAGUUUUCGGGCAUGCCGCCUCUCUGA